AUGCCUCGAAGAAAGCUACGCUUGAAGCUCAAGCCAAUAACAACUCCUUCAAGUAGCAAUGAUCAAGUAUCCGAUCCACAGAGCCAAGCACCUCCUUCAACACCAGGGCGAAGGACUAGGCGCAGUGGCAAUGGUCAGAGCCAUUCCUUGGUGGAAUUGGAAACCAUGAUUCAAGAAAAGCAUCUGACAUAUCCAGGAUGGGACGACGACGUUCGUGAAUUUCGAGCCUUGCACGAACGAUAUUACGGGCAUCCUCAGCAAGGAGAGAAUUCCUCAUUUUCCCAUCAAGACACCAUUCUUGGAGACUGGGUUCUUGCCAGUCGUCUUCAGGGGAUGCAACACAAACAGCAAGCGUAUGUAGGAGAUCGAUCCCACUCCUACGUGAAGGCUCUGGACGCGUUGGUAGUCCACUUGAGUUAUCCUGGCUGGCCACAAGAUUUUCAAUUGGCCCUGCAAAGUCAUUACCAACACGACAACGACUCGAAUCGGCAGAAGGCUCUCUUUCGCAUGCAGCAGCGGCAAGCUGUCUUUAAAGGAGACCGGAGUCAUCCGAGGUUGGUAGAAUUGGAUCAAAUUGCGACCAGUUUGACCUAUCCUGGACAUGCACGGGACUUUCGACAAUGCGAACAGUUGCACUUUGAAUACACGGAUGAUUACAUUGGCAACAAUGUAUUGACACGACAAUUUCAAUCGUUGCGCAACCGACAAGCUCACUGGGACGGUACUCUUGCCUGCAAGGAAUUGGAGUCUCUCCGGUCGCAGCUGACGUAUGAUGGUUGGCAAGAGGACAUUCAUACGGCCAUGGAAGCGCACUUGCAGCCAUGCAGUAUUCUGGAAUCUUCGGGCCACGUCAUGGACUCUACCACGGCUUUGCAUCAUGUCCAACACAAACAAUCGGUAUUGGCCGACCGAGAUCGAUCUCAUCCUCGAUUAGUCGCACUGGACCAAUUAUUAUUACAACUGGAACCAGAUUAUUUGACCAACACUCCACAAUGCCAGCAGCUUGUCCAAGAAUUGGAACAAGUGCAUUUGCGGUACUCCACAGAUGAUUGGGUGGGCAAUGCCAUUUAUGAACGUCUGUUGCAAGCGUUGCGCCGUCAUCUCAAAGCGCAAACACCAAAUGGAUCCAUGCCGUCCACACCUUGCAAGAAUGGCAUUUUUGUCGAAAAGAAGGCCAACAACAAGAUUGGUUCGCCCUCUUCCAUUGUCACGGCAUCUACGAUAUCCGCAUCCUGGAGUCGUGAUAGCGACGACAUUUGUGAGGAUGAUACUAUCAUGGACGACGGCACGCAGCAAACAGGCAACUUGAGGCUACUUACUUCAUCAUCUUGA